AUGGCAGACACCGAACCCACCGCCGCCGAACAAGCAGCCGCCCGCGCCAAGGAGCAGGCCGAGCAAGAUGCCCUCCCCUACAAGUGGCAGCAGACCAUUGGCGACGUAGAUGUCACCAUCACCGGUAUUCCGGGCAACUUCAAGAGCAGGGACCUGGUCGUCGAGAUCAAGAAGCAGAGCGUAAAAGCCGGCGUCAAGGGUCAAGAGCCCGUUAUAAGUGUAUGCUCCACACUAUUCCCCCGCCCCCGGGACACCAACACGGCAGGAGUACCCAAGCUGCAGGCCAGAAACACUGACGCAAGCUUCACGCGGGCACAGGGCGACCUCCACCAGGCAAUCCACGUCGACGAGAGCACGUGGACGCUCACCUCCGCGCCGGACGGGACCAAGACGGUCGAGAUCCACCUGGACAAGGUCAACAAGAUGGAGUGGUGGCCGCACGUGGUGACGGGGGCGCCCAAGAUCGACGUCACCAAGAUCACGCCCGAGUCGUCCAAGCUGUCGGACCUGGACGGCGAGACGCGGGGCAUGGUCGAGAAGAUGAUGUACGACCAGCGCCAGAAGGAGGCCGGCAAGCCCACGAGCGACGAGCAGAAGAAGGCCGACAUCCUCAAGAAGUUCCAGGCCGAGCACCCGGAGAUGGACUUUAGCAAUGCCAAGAUCAACUAG